CAAACCCCGAUGUGCUCUGAAGAGAUGCAAAGGAGGUGCAGUGGCGGCCAGUGGAGAGAGACAACAGAGAAAAGGAAACGGCACCUUGGUCGCAGCCUGGCCUGGUGUAGGCUUGCCACUGCCAUAGAGGUAGUACUUUGCAUAGCUGCCCUGCAUUGGGGUAGCAAGGAGGCAGAAGAAAGUGAGAGGAGGAACACAUGGUGGCCUCAACUAUGCCUACAAGAGGUUAUUGUGUUUCUGGCACACGUGCUCCGAGGGCAAAGGAGAAAAGCAACAGGAGGAAGAAUCCUGGGAGGCCGUGCUCCGCAGCCCAGACCCCAACGUCCAACGCAACAGAAUCAGUCAAGCACUUGCUGCCGCCGUGUCUCAAGGGAUUUCGGCCGACAGCUGGGGGUGACGAGACAUGCCUGAAGUCUGCAGUCAUGGAGACUGGUGGACUGCUGCAAUCAACGACACCAGCUAUUACAACUAGAUCCUGGCUGUUGUGAAGGCCCAGACAUGGCAGAGUGGCUCGGCAUUCCCAUUCUCACAUGGAAUCAGCUGGAUUUUAGAUGUCUAAACGCCUCAUACUGUUCGCUCUGGCCCAAAUAAAUGUCUUUUCUCUCUCA